UUCGCUGGACGACUCGGAUGGUAAUGGCAGAGGAAGCCCCUGCCCUCAAAAAAAUUUUAGAAAAAUAUUUUUCUUACUAGGGAGUAUAUUGUACAUAUUGUAAUUGGAAAGGAAAAGUAGAAAACUAUAAACUGAGAGGGAGCGAGCGAGCGGGAAGUAGCAGAGAGAAUCAGCAAUGAGGGGAAGAAAAUGGUUAGGAGUCAUUCCUACCCUAUUUCACUUCCGUCGUUUCAGCUCAUUUGACCCUCCUCCUGUUCCUCCUCUUCGAAGAGUUGUAGUUACUGGUGUAGGGAUGGUGACUCCCCUUGGAUGUGGAGUGGAAACCACAUGGAAGAGGCUAAUAGAAGGGAAAUGUGGUGUAAGAGCAAUAUGUCCUGAUGAUUUGAAGAUGAAUGGUUUUGAACCAGAAGUUAAGUUGUAUACAUUUGAUCAGUUGACAUCCAAAGUUGCUGCAAUUGUGCCCUAUGGUUCUAGCUCAGGUGAAUUCAACGAGCAGUUGUGGCUAAACUCUAAGGAGCAUAGAUCAAUUGCAAGAUUUAUAGGAUAUGCUUUAUGUGCUGCUGAUGAAGCUCUUAAAGAUGCUAAAUGGAUGCCCACUGAGCAGGAUGCAAAGGAACAUACGGGUGUCUCCUUAGGUGCUGGAACUGGAAGUAUCAGUGACAUAUUGGAAGCGUCCAGAAUGAUCUGUGAAAAGAAUAUACGCCGGCUUAGUCCAUUUUUCAUCCCACGGAUAUUGAUCAACAUGGCUUCUGGUCAUGUAAGCAUGAAGUAUGGAUUUCAGGGACCAAACCAUUCUUCUGUUACAGCUUGUGCCACUGGAGCUCAUUCAAUUGGUGAUGCUGCCAGGAUGAUUCAGUUUGGAGAUACAGAUGUGAUGGUUGCAGGGGGGACAGAAGCCAGCAUCGAUGCUUUAUCUAUUGCUGGAUUCUGUAGGUUAAGGGCAUUGAGUACCAAGUAUAAUUUAAAACCCCAUGAAGCCUCCAGGCCAUUUGAUUGUGGUCGUGAUGGAUUUGUGAUAGGUGAGGGGUCUGGUGUCAUGGUAUUAGAGGAACUGGAGCAUGCAAGAAAGCGAGGAGCUAAGAUAUACGCAGAGUUACGUGGCUAUGGAACAUCAGGUGAUGCACAUCAUAUUACACAACCACAUAUUGGUGGAAGAGGUGCAGUUUUGGCUAUGACACGUGCUUUGAAACAGUCUGGUCUUCAUCCUAGUCAAGUGGAUUAUAUAAAUGCUCAUGCUACAUCUACAUCCCUUGGUGAUGCAGCAGAAGCAAAUGCAAUAAAAGGUGUAUUCUCUGAUCAUGCUACAUCAGGGGCCCUGUCCUUAUCCUCUACAAAGGGUGCUACUGGUCAUCUCCUUGGAGCCGCUGGAGCUGUUGAAGCAAUUUUUACUGUCUUGGCAAUACACCACGGUAUCGCGCCUUUGACACUGAACCUUUAUGAACCAGAUCCAGUAUUCAAUGGUGGUUUCAUGCCUUUGACUGCUUCAAAGCAAAUGACCAUUAAAGCUGGUUUAUCAAACUCAUUUGGGUUUGGAGGAACGAAUUCUUGCUUGCUUUUUACUUCAACCAACUGAAUACUCAUCCAGUUAACCAAAAACCCAGCUGGAACAAGAGUUUUGUUAGGCAUUAGAACUAUGGUUAACCAGGUGAGGCAAACAAAAGCCCUCCCGCCCUGUCUCGAUAAUCAAAUACAGGAGGGAGCAAGUGGAAGGAAGAGUGGAGGUUUGAGGGCUAUAGCUUGCUUAAAUAAAACGUCUAAGCCAACUCUUUUCUUGCCUUGAGGCUCCAGUUUCAUUCUGAUUUCUUUAAUUUAUUAUCAUUAUUGUAGUUGUAUUGUUUUUUUCCCUUUGAUGUGUCCCAAGAACAAGUAGAAAAUGUUGAGAACUUCUAGUGCUGGAGAACAUAAUAUCCCCCCCAUAUAUUUGAAUGAGUUGGUGACAUGGAUAGUUGGGAUUCUUGUAAUCGAUUCCAGCUAUAUCUGGACUGUGGUGUAACUGUUAUUGUUGUCGUCGUCUUGUCAACCACAUUGAUAGACACAUUGUGAUAUAGAAAGGUAGGUGUUGGGCUGAAACAAUUCAAAGGUACUUUUAUCAUAAUGUGAUAUUGUCCCUC